UGUUGGGUCCAUGAACGUUGGGUGGAUAUCGGCGUUGCCUUGGGUCGGAUUUGAUCAUUUGGUUUCUUUCUGGAUUUUUUCUUGGUGCAGUGUUGACUUGCAGAGCAGUUAGAAUUUAAAGGUCAUGCCCUGUGUGUGGUUUUUGGUGAAGUCAAAUCUUGGCUGGGGGGGGAAAUACGUUCUUGAUGAUGAUCCGUGGAUGGGCAUGAUUUGAAGCGGCGAGACUGCUUUUGGGUACUCGGUGUUGAGGACUCGAGGUCGUACGUAACGGCUAUUUAUAGGUUUAGACUCCCAUCUAGUGCAAUGUCGAAAGUCGGUAUGAUAUGUGCCGAAUCCCGUCUACUGGGGAACAUUGCAGUUGGGAAUGCACAACAGUUGCUUUUUCUCUCGCCUUUUUCUCUCAUAUUUUUUUUCUUUUCUUUCAUCAAGAUCCUUUGCUAAGAACAACUCGAGUUGCCCCGCAAGGUACCCAUAGCCUUGUGUUCGUCUCAUAUCGGACAUCCUCACUGCCGGUAUCAAAAGUGUUAAGGUACCAAAACAGAAGAAUUAGAAUUUACAAACAAAAACCGGUAGAUAGAUGUCGAUUGACGAACGCCCGUUUUGGUAUUUCGAUCUUCAACUCUCGAGGAUCCAGGUUCGGUUGUCGAUGUCGAUGGCGAUGCCGAGACUUGGUAAAUUCAACAAUGGAUCUCGUCCAGACCAGUUCGCUCGCUCACUCGCUUCCAAGAAGAUUACAAAGAUCUCGGUAUGUUCGUCAGCCAGAUGUCUUGUCUCGUAGACGCUUGGCAAGCUGCAAUGUCUGGGCGGUAGGGAAUGGAAUAAGCGAAAGGAAGGUUUUCUUGGAUGAAAAUUGUUCGCGCGAGUGGAUGUGAAUCAAGACCAAGACCGGAGGCAAGACCAAGCCUGGCGCAGUCGGGCAGCCACAGAAAGAUAGACAGCGUUGUUAGGUGUGAAUCAAG